AUGGCUGCACCGAUGGAUCAGCGUAUCUCGGUCCCGAUAGAUGAUCCAAACGCAGAUACAGAAUGGAAUGAUAUCCUCCGCAAACACGGCGUCAUCCCAGAGAAGCCGCCCUCCCCAACCCCGCUGAUCGAAGAGGCAAUCCUCGAAGGCCGCCGUCUGGCACAUGAAAAUAGACUCGAAGGCAAGGAUCUCGACGAGCUAGAUGAACUGGAGGAUUUGGAAGACGAGAACUUCCUAGAGAAAUACCGCCAGCAAAGAGUCCAGGAGCUUGCUUCUCUGACCAAGAGAGCUCUCCAUGGCACUGUGUAUCCGCUGUCGAAACCAGAUUACUCGCGCGAGGUCACCGAAGCUAGUAACGCCGGGCCGGUGCUGGUAAAUCUGAUCAGUGGGCUGGGCACGAAUGUCGAGAGUAGAGUGUUGACGGAGCUAUGGAGGCAGGCAGCCGCCGAAUAUGGCGAGGUGAAAUUCUGCCAGAUCAGAGGCGAUAUGGCGAUUGAGGGAUAUCCCGAUAAGAAUUGCCCGACGAUAUUGGUCUACAACAAGGGUGAUAUUGUCAAGCAAGUGGUCACGCUGAUGACGCUGGGAGGGGUUAGAAUAGGCAUGCCAGAGAUCGACAAGUUAUUGAUCGAGGUGGGUGCUAUUAGAGACAAUGAUAUGAGGGUCAUGAAGAGACGAAGGGAUACGGAGGAUCUGGUGGAGGAGAAGCGAGAGAAGGGCGGGAUCAGGGGGACUCCGCAAAAGGCAAAUGUCGAAGACAAUGAUGAUGAUUGGGAUUAA